AAGUCCGCGGUCACACCGUUGCCAACGUUUUGCCUGUCAAAUAAAUUUUCACAAAAGUAGUUUUUCCUUUCCACUGCAAUCAAGAAUCAAGGCCUCACUCAACAUGGGUGAAAGCGACGCAGAAAGUGAUUCGAGCAGUGGCUCCAGCAGCAGCAGUGGCUCCUCGAGCAGCUCCUCCAGCAGUGGCAGCGGCAGUGCCUCCAAAAGUGAUGCUGGCAGCCGCAGCCGCAGUCGUCGGUCGAGCGGGCAGGAAGAACAAGAGCAAGAAGAAGAGCUGGGACAGAAGAAGGCAAAACUGACGCCGGCAGAAGUAUCAAAUGAUUCCCCCCUGGCCGUGGUGGAGCCGCCACAACAGAAGGAGGGCCAGGCACCGAAAGAUGUGGACAAGAAAGAGCCACAAAAAGAGGAACCAACAAAAAAGGAGCAGCAAAAGCAGCAGCAACAAACCGCAGCAGCAGAGCAGCCGGAAAAACAAGCCAAUGUUGACUCUGCCACAGCUGCGGCUGUUGCUGUUGCUGUUGACACGUCUGUGGCUGGCGUGGAAAAAGCAGAAGCAGAAGCAGCAGCAACAGCCCAGCCAGCAGCAGAAAAAGAAGAGGAAGCUAUAACAAAAUCAAGUGAAGCGGAAACAAAAACCGAAACAGCUGCUGCCCCGCAGCAACCUUUGGAAGCCGUCGCGGCCGCUGCCUCAACUGUGACUAAUUCCGAGGAGAAACCGCAGUCAGAGGCGGAGGCGGAGGCGGAACCUGAUAAAGAUCAUUCCGUGACCACCAAUGGAGAGGCCAAAGCGGCCAAAGCAGCCACAGCAGCAGCACCACCACCAGCAGCUGCCAGUCCAUCGAAUCACAUCGAAGAGGGCGAAAUAACUGAUAAGGACGACGACGACGAUGUUGUGCCGCCGCCUGCGUCGGUGGCGUCUGUGGCUGUGCCCAAGCAGCCGCUGGCCAGCGAAGUGCGCAAACGUAGCCGCAGUGGCGAUGAAAAGAGUCGCAACCGGCGACGCAGUGCCAGCCGCAGCCGCUCGCCGAAAAACCGGCGACCACGUCGCACACGCACCCGGACACGCAGUCGCAGCAAAAGUCCCAAGCGUCGCCGCUCCAGCUCCUUGGAGCGCAGACGUCGCGAGCGUCAGAAGCGGCACGAGGAGCGCGACAAACGCGACGAGGUGCGUGCCAAGGAGCGCGAGGACCGUCGUCGCAAGGAAAAGUCACGCAGCAGUCGACGCGACGACUCGCGUGAGAGAUCCAGGCGCAGGUCCAGCGACAAGCGACGCUCCAGCUCGAGUGGCGGCUCCAAGCGGGCAGGCUCCGCCAUCGCGGACAAUUCCACGGUCACAAAUCCCACGGCCAAGAUCACCGAACGCCAGCGUCGCACCGUCGAUGUGCUGACAUCGCGCACCGGCGGCGCCUACAUACCGCCAGCGAAGCUCCGACUGCUGCAGGAGGGCAUCACGGACAAGGCAUCGGCUGCGUAUCAGCGCAUCGCCUGGGAGGCGCUCAAGAAGUCCAUCCACGGCUACAUCAACAAGGUGAAUGUGACGAAUAUCGCCAUCAUUACCCGCGAAUUGCUGCGUGAGAACAUUGUCCGUGGCCGUGGCCUGCUCUCGCGGAGCAUCAUUCAGGCCCAGGCCGCCUCGCCCACCUUCACGCACGUCUAUGCCGCCCUGGUGGCCAUCAUCAAUUCGAAAUUCCCGAAUAUCGGCGAGCUGCUGCUCAAGCGUCUGGUCAUUCAGUUUCGUCGCGCCUUUCGCCGCAACGACAAGCUCGUGUGCAUGUCGUCGACGCGUUUCAUUGCCCAUCUGGUGAAUCAGCGUGUGGCCCACGAGAUUUUGGCACUGGAGAUUCUCACGCUGCUCGUGGAGACGCCCACCGAUGAUUCCGUGGAGGUGGCCAUUUCCUUUCUCAAGGAGAGCGGCAUGAAGCUGACGGAGGUCUCGUCCAAGGGCAUUGGCGCCAUCUUUGAGAUGCUGCGCAACAUCCUGCACGAGGGCAAGCUGGACAAGCGCGUCCAGUACAUGAUCGAGGUGCUGUUUCAGGUGCGCAAGGACGGCUUCAAGGAUCAUCUGGCCAUAGUUUCGGAGCUAGAGCUGGUGGAGGAGGACGAACAGUUUACGCAUCUGAUGAUGCUGGACGAGGCCACCGAAACGGAGGAUAUACUGAAUGUCUUCAAAUUCGAUGAGAACUUUGCCGAAAACGAAGACAAAUACAAGGGUCUGAGCGCCGAAAUUCUCGGCAGCGACGAUGGCAGCGGUUCGGGCUCUGGCUCGGGCUCCGAUUCGGACAGCGAUUCGGAUGGCGAUGACAACUCGGAUGGCGAUGUCGGCAAAAAGACCGAUGCUGGGGAUAUUAUUGACAACACGGAGACCAAUCUGAUUGCCCUGCGGCGCACCAUCUAUCUGACCAUCAACUCCAGUUUGGAUUACGAGGAGUGCGCCCACAAGCUGAUGAAAAUGGAGCUGAAGCCUGGUCAGGAGGUGGAGCUGUGUCACAUGUUCCUCGACUGCUGUGCGGAGCAGCGGACCUACGAGAAGUUCUACGGCCUGUUGGCGCAGCGUUUCUGCAACAUUAACCGCAUGUACAUACCGCCCUUCGAGGAGAUCUUCAAGGACACCUACCAGACGACGCAUCGCCUGGACACGAAUCGGCUGCGGAACGUGAGCAAGUUCUUUGCCCAUCUGCUCUUCACCGAUUCCAUCAGCUGGGACGUGCUGGACUGUGUGCUGCUGAACGAGGACGAUACCACCUCAUCGAGUCGCAUUUUCAUCAAGAUUCUGUUCCAGGAGCUCGCCGAAUACAUGGGCCUGGGCAAACUCAACUCCAAGCUCAAGGAGGAGGUGCUGGUGGAGAGCCUGGCGGGUCUCUUUCCCAAGGAUAAUCCCCGCAACACUCGAUUCUCCAUUAACUUCUUCACGUCGAUUGGUUUGGGCGGACUCACCGAUGAUCUGCGGCGUUUCCUGAAGACAGCGCCCAAGGCAGUGCCCGCCAUCAAUUCAGAGCUGCUGUCCACGGGCGGGAAUCCUUUCCGCGAACCAGGAACAGCACCAGCAGCAGCAGCAGCAUCAGCAUUGGCGGGAGCAGCACCCAUUGCCGUGGUUAACUCCUCCACCGGCUCGUCUUCGAGUUCCAGCAGCAGCAGCAGCAACAGUUCCAGCGAGGAUGAGGAGGAGCAAAAGUCGAGCACCAGCGACGAGGACAGCGACAGCGAAUCGUCCAGCUCCGAGUCGGAGCCACAGCGAAAGCGUAAACGCAAGGAGAAGCGCAAGAAGAAGCCCAAAAAGCAGCGAAAGGCAGAGCUGAAAAAGUCGAAGGAUAAAAAGGACAAAAAGAAGAAGUCCAAAAAGGAAAAGGACAAAGAGCGGGAGAAGGAGCGCGAGCGCGAGGAGAAAAAGAAGCGCGAAAAGGAGAAGAAAAAGGCCGCCAAAAAGAAGUCGAAACGCAAGCGUAAGCACCACCAGGAGAGCUCCAGUUCCAGCAGCAGCUCCGAAAGCAGCAAGGCCGCCUCCUCCACAUCCUCGUCCGCCUCAGAGGCGGCCUCGAGCAGCGCCGACGACAGCGAUGGCCAGCCACCGUCCAAGAUUCAGCGCCAGGAGAAGAGCAACCACAACAGCAACAACAACAACAACAACAAAUUCAAGGCCCGCAAGGAGGACAGCGAUGGGUUCAACCUGGAGGGACCACCCAUGGGGCGUGAGCAGGAGCGUCAUCAGCAACAGAUGAAUGGAAAUGGCGCCCGGAAGCAUCGGGAGCCAUCAUUCCCAUCCGCCCACGAAAGACAGCCGGAGCGGCGAGCUGAACGAGAUGUGCGUCGUGGUGAGUCCGGUGGUCUGCGUGGAGACUCACGUGGCCGUCGUGGAGACUCUCGUGGCCGUCGUGGGGACUCCACUGGACGCCGUGGAGACUCCGGAGGACGUCGUGGUGUGGCAGAAAGCCGCUGCAGCGAGAGAGGAGGCCGCAUCGGCAGUGAUCGUGAACGAAACCGUGAGCCGGAAAGGAAUCGUGAACGUGACCGGGACUACGAACGGCGUGACAAUCGAGACCGUGACCGUGACCGUGAGCGAGAUCGUGACCAGCCACGCAAUCGCGAACGUUCCCGUGAGCAGGAUCGCAGCAGCCGAAAGGAGCGCGAACGCAGCUCACACAAGCGCGUGUCCAAGGGGCGAGGAUAGGUUGAUAGAUAUCUCUAGAGUCUAGACUGUAAAACGACAACAAAAAUUCACCCACAUGCAAAUAUUUUUUUUUAAAUAUUUUUAUGUAAACUGUGUACAAAGAACCGCAUCCAAGUUGCUAUAACAAAUGUAAAUGUACUAAAAACAAAACAACUGCAAAAAUAAACAAAUUUUAUUACACGA